AUGGUAUUAUUGACGCACGAUCAGUACACAAUCGCGUGGAUAUGCGCCUUACCACUGGAGAUGGCGGCGGCUUGCGCUAUGCUGACCAAGGCUCACACUCCCCUGUCCAAAGCCUCCACAGAUCCAAAUGCCUAUGAACUUGGCGAAUUGAACGGAUAUUUCAUCGUCAUUGCGUGCCUACCAGCUGGGGUUUAUGGAAAGGUGUCCGCCGCAACCCUCGUGUCUCGCAUGCGCUCAACCUUUCCUCGGCUUCAGUUUGGACUGAUGGUGGGCAUUGGGGGCGGCGUCCCAAGCAACAGUAAUGACAUUCGAUUAGGAGAUGUGGUGGUCAGCAAACCGGUUGGAAAGUAUACUGGGGUGAUACAAUAUGAUUACGGAAAGGCAGUUCAAGGUGGACAAUUCGAGCCGACCGGUGCAUUAAACAAACCACCACAGGCUCUUUUGGCACAUAUCAGUCGAUUUGAAGCAAAGCAAAUGACUGGGGGUGAGGAAGACCUUUCUAAGAUAAUAUCAGAAGUCCUGGAACGGAAUCCCGAGAUGAAGAAAAGGUUUUCACCCCCAGAACAGGACACAGACGUUCUUUUUCAUUCUUCCUAUCAUCAUGGCAAAAAGGGAGAUACCUGUGAAACCUGUGACAAGGAGCAAUUGGUCAAACGACAAAGGCGUGAUACUAGAGCCCCGUUCAUCCACUACGGGUUGAUUGCGUCGGGAGACCAGGUGAUGAAGGACUCGGAAACACGAGAUCGUCUGGCUCAACGACAUGGGAUACUCUGUUUUGAGAUGGAAGCUGCAGGCCUCAUGGAUGAUCUUUCGACCCUUGUGAUUCGAGGGAUAUGCGACUAUUGUGACUCGCAUAAACAGAAAGACUGGCAAGGAUAUGCAGCUCUGACAGCCGCUGCCUAUGCGAAAUUGCUGUUAUCUGUCGUACCUGCUUGCCCUAUGGACGUUGACUCCCCGAAGAGCCAUAAAGGACGGCAUUGGGUGGUCUCACUGGCAAGGAAUCCAAGAUUUGUCGGUCGUCAGGAUGAAAUCGCGCAGCUCGAAGAAUUACUCACAAUGCAAGAUGGGCCCAAGAGAAUUGCCAUCACCGGCUUGGGGGGGAUUGGAAAGACACAAGUUGCCCUAGAGGUAGCAUACCGCAUACGGGACCGAGACAAGGAAUGCUCGGUUUUCUGGGUUCCAUGUACAAGCCAUGGGAUGAUUGAGCAGACGUUCGUAAAUAUCGCACAGACACUAGGACUCCAUGACGUGAAGCCAGCGGAGGUUAAAGAACAGAUCAAAGUAUGCCUCAGCUCUGAGCGUGCAGGAAAGUGGCUUCUCAUUUUUGACAAUGCAGACAAUUCAGAGAUGUGGCUCACGGGCAAUGAUACAACCCCAGCCCUCGAGGACUUCCUCCCUAUGAGUGAUCAAGGCCACAUUCUAUUCACUACCCGCAAUGGGGAGCUUGCGGUUGAUCUCACGGGAUCCAAUAUUAUUUCUGUUCCAGAUGUGGAUAAGGAAACUGCCUCAAGUAUCCUGGAGAAUUUAUUGUUGCAGAAACACUUGCUUGAGGACCAUAUUACAACAGUUAUCCUCCUAGAACAGCUGGCAUUCCUUCCAUUAGCAAUCGCACAGGCCUCCGCAUAUAUCAACAAAAAGCGCCUCACUCUAUCUGCAUACCUGACACUUUUGCAAGAAGAGGAAGAUGACGCCGUGGAACUGCUUAGUGAAGACUUUAGGGAUCCAGGGCGCUAUAAGGAUAUCCAGAACCCCGUGAUCACCACAUGGUUGAUAUCGUUUAAACAGAUUCAGCAUCAAGACCAAUUAGCAGCGGACUACCUAUCUUUCAUGGCCUGUAUCAACCCACGGAAUAUUCCCCACUCCCUUCUUCCUCCCCAGAGCUCUAGUAAACGAACACUUGACGCUUUGGGACUCUUAAAUGCAUACUCAUUCACCACUAGCCAAGGCCCGGAUAUAAGUAUGCACAGACUUGUGCAUAUUGCAACUCGCAACUGGCUUAGAAAGAAUGGACUGUUUUCUCACUGGGUUCGAAGAGUGGCUGAUCGUAUAGAUAAGGCUUUCCCAAAUGAUCAUUAUACCAAUCGAGCACUUUGGCGAGAGUACCUCCCUCAUGGCUUGGCACUAGUGCAUGAUAGCGAAUUUAUUGUACAACGAGGAAGAUACAUCAAUUUGGUUGGGAAGAUUGCAGAUUGCCUUACCAGUGAUGCAAGAUACCACGAAGCAGAGGCACUAUAUAAGACGCUGAUAAGGAUUAAUCAGAACAGAGAUGGCCUAGAACACACCACCACCCUGGUCAGCAUAGCGAAACUGGCAUCAACCUACCGCAGCCAGGGACGAUGGCAUGAAGCGGAACAGCUGGAUAUACAAGUGCUAGAGACAUGUGAAAUAGAGCUAGGGCCUAUACAUCCUUAUACUCUGGCCAGCCUAGGGAAUCUCGCAUCAACCUACUGGGAGCAGGGACGAUCGAAUGAAGCCGAGAACCUGGAAGUACAGCUAAUAAAGACAUUUAAAAGAUUUUUUGGGGUUGAGCAUCCCAAUACUCUGGUCAGCAUGAGUAACCUAGCUUCGACCUACCGCAGCAAGGGACAAUGGAAUGAAGCAGAAAGGCUGGAUAUAGAAGUGCUGGAGACAAUGAAGACAGUGCUUGGGACUGAGCAUCCUAGUACUCUGACCAGUAUGAAUAACCUAGCAUCAACCUACUGGAAUCAGGGACGGUGGAAUGAAGCGGAGGAGCUGUGGGUACAGGUAGUAGAGAAAAGAAAGGCAGUGCUGGGAGUUGAACACCAUGACACGCUGACCGGUAUAGGGAAUCUGGCGGCAACCUACUGGGAACAGGGACGAGGGCAUGAAGCGGAGAAGCUGGAGGUGCAAGUGAUGGAAACAAUGAAGAUAGUGCUUGGAGCCGAGCAUCCUGAUACUUUGACCAGCAUGGCCAACCUUGCUCAUACCUGGGAGGCCCUUGGGAACCUUCAAGAUGCUUUGGAUCUAAUAGGAAAAUGUUCUGAGUUAAGCCGUGAAGUGCUAGGGCCUGACCAUCCGGCUGCCAGAUCCACAUUUCGCUCUCUUGACAACUGGAUAAAUAAGUAUGGUUUAUACCCAAAUUGUACAGCCCCAGCGGCACCAACUGAGAUACAACGUUCGCAAUAUCUAUAG